AUGGGGGAAGAGGUUUUUCCUUGGUUGAAAUCUCUGCCCUUGGCACCAGAGUACCACCCAACCGUAGCCGAGUUUCAGGAUCCAAUUUCAUACAUUUUCAAAAUCGAAAAAGAAGCUUCCAAGUAUGGAAUCUGUAAAAUCAUCCCACCUGUCUCCACAUCGCCCAAGAAAACCAUAAUUUCGAACCUAAAUGAGUCUCUGUCUUCCCAAAACCCUGAUUCAUCACCUACAUUCACCACCAGGAGGCAGCAGAUUGGUUUUUGCCCACGUAAGCACUUCCGACCUGUUCAGAAAUCCGUUUGGGAGAGCAGGGAGCACUACACUCUGGCCCAAUUUGAAGCCAAAGCCAAAAGCUUCGAGAAAAUUUACUUGAAGAAGGGAUCAAAUCCGAAGAGGGGCUUGAACGCGUUAGAAGUGGAGACGCUUUACUGGAAGGCUUACAUGGACAAACCAUUUUCCAUUGAGUACGCAAAUGACAUGCCCGGAUCGGCAUUUGAUCAAACAGUCGGUGGGUUGAAACAGAGGAAGAAGGAAAUUGGUGACGUCAUGACGGUGGCGGAGAGCCAAUGGAAUAUGAAUGCGGCUUCAAGAGCAAAAGGGUCUCUAUUGAGGUUCAUAAAGGAGGAAAUAUCUGGUGUCAAUUCACCCAUGGUUUACAUGUCCAUGCUGUUUAGCUGGUUUGCUUGGCAUGUCGAAGAUCAUGACCUCCAUAGCUUGAAUUACAUGCAUAUGGGUGCUUCCAAAACCUGGUAUGGCGUACCCAUGGACGCUGCUGUUGCUUUUGAGGAUGUGGUCAGAGCACAUGGUUAUGGUGGAGAGAUUAAUCCAAUUGAAACUGUUGCUACUCUUGCAAAGAAGAACACAGUUAUGUCUCCAGAAGUUCUUCUAAAGGCCGGUGUUCCUUGCUGCAGGUUGGUGCAAAAUGCUGGAGAAUUCGUCGUCACAUUCCCUAGAGCUUAUCACUCUGGCUUUAGUCAUGGGUUCAACUGUGCGGAAGCGACUAAUAUUGCAACCCCGGGAUGGCUGAUGGUUGCACGAGACGCUGCAAUUCGAAGGGUUAUAAUUAAUUUUGCUCCUUUGGUGUCUCACACUCAGCUACAUUAUGAUCUAGCACUAUCACUGUCUGCAAAUGGCCGAAAGAGCAUCAGGCCUGAACCUCGAAGUUCCAGACUGAAAGAUAAGUUGAAAGGCGAAGGAGAAGCAAUGGUAAAAAGACUUUUUCUGCAAGACAUGAUGAAAAACAACAAGUUGCUUGAUCUUUUAGGCCAAGGGUCUCCGAUUGCAGUUCUUUCUGAAGAAGCAUUAGACAGUUGGAUUCCAUUGAAUUCGAGUACUGAUAUGUCCCUUGGUUUAUGCAUUCAAAAUGAUGAAAGCUUGUCUUCAAGCAGAAGAAGAUCUUCAUUUGAUAGCUUUGAUUCACCAAGAAAGAAGAAAAUGGUGAUUGUGAAAAACGGGAUCCAUAAACCCGAUCCUGCAAGUGUAUUCUCUUGUGUUACAUGUGGGAUUUUGUGUUAUUCUUGUGUUGCAAUCGUUCAGCCAUCAAAGGAAGCUGCAGGUUACCUCAUGUCAACUCGAGGUGUUAAUGGUCUUGUUGCUGCUAAUGCUACUAGUUAUACAAAUGUGGUUGAUCUCGGAUCCUCGUCAGAACGGGAAGUGUUGAAGGGCGAUUGUGAUCGUCUGGUUGAUGUUCCGAACAAAUCUGAAGAUGAUGGCUCGGGUACCACUUCAGUUUCAAAACCACAGGAAAUUGAUUCGGCUCUUAAGCUUGUGGCAAUAGCUUAUGGAGAUUGCUCUGAUUUCGAGGAAAGAGAUGAUUCUGAUAGAUCUAAAUCGAGCAAAUAUUUCACAGAAUCGGAUGGUUCAAUGAGUCGAUCUGAAUAUAUAGAAGAGCCUCAUAUCAACACAAAUCCUGAAGACUGUUCCCGAACGCACAUUUUCUGUCUUGAUCAUGCUCUUGAAGUCGAAAAAAGUCUCCAGUCUGUAGGGGGAGUGCAUAUGCUGCUCCUCUGUCAUCCAGAUUAUCCAACAAUAGACGAAGAAGCAAGAUCAAUGGCGAAAGAAUUAGGAACCUAUCAAAACUGGACAGAUCUCGGAUAUCGAGAUAUUAACGAAUACGAUAAUGCGAAGAUACGAUUGGCUCUUGAUAACGAUGAAACAGAACAUGGUAACCAGGAUUGGGUGGUUAGGUUAGGGCUCGACAUUUUCUACAGUGCUAGACUUAGUCAAUCCCCGAAUUAUGCCAAACAGAUGCCAUAUAACUCGGUUAUCCAUAACGCAAUCGGACGUAUUCCUCCUCCGUCAACUGAAUCAACAAUAUCAAAACUAUCCGGCAAGCAAAAGAAGCUCGUGGUUGCGGGAAAAUGGUGCGGGAAAGUUUGGAUGUGGAAUCAGGUUCAUCCAUUGCUAGUCGUUAGAGAUCUCGAACAACACGAUGAAACCAGUCGUUCGGUUUUGUCAAUGGUGGAAGGGAAACCGGAAAUUGAAAACAGCAGGAAGAGAAAGAUGAAGGCUGUUAUAGUGGAGUCGUCACCAUCACCACCACCAGCAUCGCCAUCUCCACCGUUGCUGAUUGGUGGUGUGAGGCGGCCACGUAGGAGAAGCCUCCGAAAGGGAACAAUCCCGAAUCUUAACAAAAAACCAAGAGAAUCCGACUCGGAUUCGGAUUCGGAUUCGGAUUUGGAUUCGGAUUCAGAUGACGAUUAUCGGCCAACGAGAACCGGAAGAAGAAGAAGAAGGAUGACAAAAAGUCAGCAGCAGAAGAAAGCAAAGAAAGGUGGUGUGUCUGAAGAUGAAGAUGAAGAUGAAGAUGAAGAAGAGAAAGAGGGGGAAUUUGGGUGUGAUGUUGUAGGGUGUAAGAUGAGGUUUGGGAGUAAGGAAGAGGCUAUGGCUCAUAAAAGGAACGUGUGUCUUGUAGAGGGGUGUGGGAAGAUAUUCUUUUCACACAAAUACUUGUUGCAGCACAGACGUGUGCAUCUGGCUGACCGCCCAAUCCAAUGCCCGUGGCCUGGGUGCGGCAAGACCUUCAAAUGGAAGUGGGCCAAGACCGAACAUAUAAGGAUCCAUACCAACGCCCGCCCGUAUCUGUGUAAAGAAGAAGGAUGUGGAAAGAGAUUUAGGUUUGUGUCGGAUUUUAGCCGUCACAAGCGUGAUACCGGACAUUCGGUGGUCAAAAAAAAAAAAUAA